UGACUGGAAUGAAAGCCUACUUCGAGAAGAGAACUGGCGGCGGGUUGGAUUUGCACCAAUGAAAUUACCCAAACCGGGACGACUGGGAGGAAAGUCUGGAGACAAUUCACAGCAUUAUCGACCAAGAACUAUUCCCACUUUGAGAAAAAAAUGCUAGUUUGUACUCUCCAAUUUUUCUGUUUGUGCCCUGUUCGUUCGUGUAUGGUAGGCUGUUAAAGAAGAGAUGAGUCUCGGAUACUGAUUGGAGUUGACAAGCCCGCUCCACUACUGUAUCCACACUUUCAACCCCCCUCUCUCUGAAACCAGGAAAUCGUCGAGGUGUGCUUUUCUUUAUCCUGCUUGUGGAUCGUACCCCUUUGUGGGUAUAUGUGUAUUUCGCCAAUAUCGUCGUUUUUUAAUUUUAUUUGUUGCUUUUGAACACAGGGCUAAGCUCUGAAGUAGAAAAAAAAACUGCAUCGGGGAGGAUCUUCACUCUCGCCUAACAAUGAGUGAGUCGAGUAUCUGCCAGGCUCGGGCCACAGUGAUGACCUAUGAUGAUGGGAAUAAGAAGUGGCUACCAGCAGGAACAGGGUCCCAGACCUUCAGCAGGGUCCAGAUCUACCACAAUCCCUCCACCAAUGCCUUCCGAGUGGUGGGACGCAAGAUGCAGACGGAUCAACAGGUGGUAAUUAACUGUCCAAUUGUGAAGGGCCUAAAGUACAACCAGGCCACACCCAAUUUCCACCAGUGGCGCGACGCACGGCAGGUGUGGGGGCUGAACUUUGGCAGUAAGGAGGAUGCAUCUCUCUUUGCCAAUGGAAUGGCCCACGCGCUGGAGGUGCUCAACUCACAGGCAGAUGCAGGUUAUGCUACCCUCCCCCGCCCAAUGUCAAAUGGACCAUCCCCGGAGGAGCUGGAACAGCAGCGAAGGCUGGAGCAGCAGAGGCUUGAGCAGCAGGAGAGAGAGCGUCAAGAGAGAGAAAGACUGGAGUGGGAGAGACUGGAGAGAGAAAGGCAGCAAGCUGCAGCAGUGCCCAUUCCCCCAGCACCACCUUUGGCCCCUGGAGGCCCACCUGCACCCCCAGGCCCCCCUCCCCCACCUGGUCCUCCUCCAUCUGGGCCCCCUCCACCCCCAGGACCCCCUCCCCCAGGACCCUCUGCCCCAGGAUCAGGUCCCCCACCUGCCCCACCACUUCCGUCCUCAGGAGGAGAUGGGGGCCUAGGGGGAGGAGCAGGGGGCCUGGCAGCAGCCUUGGCUGCGGCCAAGCUUCGUAAAGUCCCCAAGCAGGAUGACAGUGGUAGUGGUGCUACUCCUGCAGCACCACUUGCCAAACCUGAACCAAGUAGGCAACCCGAUCAAAGCCGUACCAGUGCUUCCAUUGGUGGUGGUGGUGGUGGAGGCCUGAUGGGUGAGAUGGCAUCCAUCCUAGCACGGAGGAAAAAAAUGGCAGACAGUGGAGCUCCUCCACCUGCUAAGCCAGCAGAAAAUGAUGACUCAGAUUCUCAAGGCCCAAGUGACACAAUUGUAAGAAGACCGUGGGAGAAAUCAGCCACAAUGCCACGGAAUAACUCCAUCUCCAAGACCAUGGACUCCACCUCUUCCUUUCCUCAGAGUCCCAGGGUGAAGUUCACAGGUGGCAGUAAUGAUUCAGGAGGUGGUGAAGAGAGCGAAAUGGAAAGAAUUAAACAAGAGAUUCUUGAUGAGGUGCGGAAGGAGUUACAAAAAGUCAAGGAGGAGAUAAUCGCAGCCUUUGUUGAAGAGUUACAGAAGAGGGGCUCCAUGUAGUUCUGAACAUGGGAUGGACUGGAUGAGGUUACAUUCCUCUGUGGACCUCUCCCCCAUCACCCCCUCCAAUGUCGCAGGGAUUUUUCUACUCCCCCCACACCUACAUACAUGCACAAGCACAUGCAAAACACAGUUAUACAGUACUGCUAGCGUCAGCUCCGAUUACAUCACCUCUUCUCACCUCGUCUUACUUUUCAAUCAUUUCUUGAGAACCACUCCAGAGCACAUAAUCACAGAUUCUGUUGCUCUCUCUUGUCAUUAACAGUUGAAUCUUUCCCCUCAUCUGUCUGCCCCAUAGGAAUCCUGCUUUUACUUCCCCCAGACCAGUGUUUCUACAGGCUUCUUCAGUAUUCAGGGAAAAUCAUAUCAGUUUUACUAGUUACUAUAUUGGCAGAGUACUGACCUGCGACUCUUUUAAGAAUCCUCUUUUCAACUGCCUGGUACAGCAUCAACCACAAACAUUGCCUUUUAAGAAUCACUUUCAGAUAACCCUUGAAACAUAGGCCUACGUUGUCUUUGUCCCACUUUCAUAAGAUGUGGAGACAGGAGGACACCACCAGAUUAUUCAGGGACCCCAUGGUGGAGGGCUUUCGUCCACAGUACACACUUCUCCUUGCAGGCCUGGUGCAAGAGCUUAUUCUGCCCCACUGCCUUGAAGCAAAGACUACUGCUCCUAACGUGGACUGCUCUGCCAAUGGCCAAAAAAGAGACACUACACAAACUUGAAUUCUACAGACUUGGAGGAGUCAGAGGAGACAUGCAAAGGGAAUGGGAUGGACAACAGCCCAGAAUGCCGUGAGAGAGAAAAGUGCUGUGGCUCUGUGCUAUGGAGGGAAUCCUAGUUUCUCUGCAUUGCACUUGACCUGGAGAAAGUGUAUUUUUUGUGCCACUCAGUAUAAACUCACUCUCUUCUUUACCUUUUGCUCAGAAUGAGACACUAAUUGAUGAUCACUCCAGGUCCUAAACUGUACUUGUAUGCUUUUUCCUUUCUAUUUUAGGUAUGUUUUCUAACUAAAUAAAAAAGGCCAAUGAUUGGCCAUGACCAACUGCCUUGGAUAGUAAACAUAAAUAUAUAUAUAUUUAUAUAUGUAUGGAAAAUAUAUAUAUUUGUUCUGAGGGAAAAUGUAAGCAUCAAUUAAAUGCUGUUUCUUUUUUAAAUGAGGUGAAUGGGAAAUUUCAUUACUGUUAUCUUUUGAAGAGAUGUUAUUUUGGGUUUACUGUUAACUUUUGUUUCUUUUUUCUAUAGAGUAUAAAGGCUUUACACUGAUAUAUAAAGACAACAGCGUAGACACACUGGAUUAGAGAUGCCUUUAAAGUGAAUUACAGCCGCUUCUUGUAAUGCA